AUGGCGGAAGGGAUGUCGUUCAAGGUCACAGUCCCUCUCCGUGCAAGAAGGGUGGAGAAGUGGAUCCGCACCGUGAAGAGGGACUAUCUCGACAACGCACCAAUCAAGUGUGUCGGCUUGGAUUGCGAGUUCACCAACCCUCAUGAGAGUGAUCAGCGCGUCGCCGUCCUUCAACUCUCGGUGGCGUCCGAGAAUUUGGUAUUCCAGAUUUGCCCUGCUGAUGAACUGCCACAAGUUCUCAGGGAGUUCUUGCAGGAUGGGAACAUCAGAUUCUGCGGCGUGGCUAUCGGCAAGGAUGUGGAGAUUCUUAAGUCCUUACGGGAGUGUGAGGCUGGAUUUGGGAUGGCUUGCCUUUAA